ACUCUCCAACUAUAUAAGGGCACCACCUUAUUGUUCUAACUUGCUGGCUUCUCUGUUUCUACACAAACAGUGAAAAUAUGGCAUGUUUCUCAUGGCUUACUUCUGCCUUUCUCAUUGUAUAUGCCAUGUCUGUCCUCAUGGCAACUGCAAGUGUUCAGUUAACAACCAAGACUGAUAAUCCCUAUCAUCCUACAGGCGGAGAAGGAUCUCUAACUCCACAAGAAUGCCCCAAGGCAUGUGAUUAUCGAUGCUCAGCUACCAGUCACAAGAAACCUUGCUUGUUCUUCUGCAACAUGUGCUGCAAUAAAUGCUUGUGUGUCCCCUCAGGCACAUAUGGGAACAAGGAGGAAUGCCCAUGCUACAACAACUGGAAGACACGAGAAGGCACACCCAAGUGCCCUUGAAGACCUAGAAAUGGAGGAACUUUUGGGUGCUUAUUGUUGAAUAAAAUUCAAAGGUCUAUUAGUAUUCUUAAUAAUAUUUAUGGUUUUCUAAA